AUGUCGCAGCAACCGAGUCCUUCGCCCCAGCAGUCUCACGACGCGAACCCCCAAGAUGUUCUCGCCGAGGCCCGUAAGAACCUCCAGGUCCUGAUUGACUCAGGCAUGUCCAAGGAGCUUCUGCAUCAGCUGGUCGAUGGCGGCCAUGGCCUCAGCUUGAACCUCAGCGCGAUGACUGCCAUGCAAGCCAUGCCUGCGAUUCCUUCUCAACCUCAGCAGUCUCCUUUUAGCCAACAACCUCCCAACCCGAGCCAAACGGCCCCUACUGCUUCGCUCGCUCCACCACCGCCGAUGCGAUGCCCUCCUCCGCCUCCUGUUGCCUCCAAUGGCCCUAGUAUCCAGACCGUGACGACGACUCCGAAUAGCGUUUCAUCCACUGCCACUGCCACGGCCCCUUCAGCUGAGAUCAAGCACGAAAUUAUUUCCGAGGACAUGAACUUUCCCAACCCGGCCAUGUUUCUUCCCCCGCAAGCUGCGUUUAGCCAUCGCCCUCGCAUCUCCGUUUCCUCGACGAGCUCCGGUUCUUCUGGACACGCUUCCAUCUGGUCGACCAACUCAGGACAGUCUUCGAUGUCUUGGCAGUCAGCUUCUACUUGCAACCGAUCACAGGCACCGCUCCCUAUUCCUCCUUCCAGCUCCUUGAACGGACUCGGUCCCAUGAGUGCCCCGGUCGGCACAGCUGGUAAGACCAACAUUUAUUGGUGCACCUCGUGUGAGACAAGCUUCAAGCGCAAGUACGACUGGAAGCGUCACGAGGAUGAGUUUCACGAGCGCUGGCGCAAGUAUCCUUGUCCCGAGCCUGGAUGCAACCGCAGCUUCUGGGGAUCCAACUCGUUCAACCAGCAUCACAAGCAGUGCCACGGAUGCAAGACUUGCCCUCACGCUGAAAAGGUGGUCAAGUUCCUUCGCAAGCGCAAGUACUGGGCUUGUGGUUUCUGCUCUGCUCUUCAUCCUGCCCGCGAGCGCCAUGUCGAACACGUUGCUCGACACUUUGAGUCGGGUAUGUCAAAAGGUGAUUGGAUGCAUUCCCGUGUUGUGUAUGGUCUCCUCCAUCAGCCUCUGAUCCACGAGGCUUGGGAUGCAUUGGUUGUGAGCAAGCAGGCCGAGUACAAUGGCCGACGACCCCAGUUCAGUUGGCACCCAAGCAAGACUGGCCGUGCCCAAGGUUUCCUCGAGAACGAGAACCCCGGCCAACUCCAAGACCUGCUCGAGUUCUUCUCGGGGGAUGAAGGUGAAGCUCAGUGGAUUGUCAGCGUUGCGUAUGACCUGGCCGACAUUGUUCUCACCUCAGCACCAAUCCCCUCUCCGCAGUACUCACACGCCAGCCUUGGACCUCAGGGCUUUACUCACGACCCUCGAAUGUCGUUCAUGCCUCUGCCUACCCAAAGCCAUGGAGGUCAUCAGUCUUUGAUGCCUUCACCUGAUCCCCAACAGACCCAAUUCAGCUCACCAUUCCGCAACACGAUAAUGGUGCCUUCCCAGCAAUUCCCCUCACCCUCAAGACCGUCGCCAGACUCUUCGUCUCACUCACCAAUGGGACCCUCAACAUCACCAUUGAUGCCGCCACCAGCGCCUUCCCCGCUUGAGAAGCGUGAGCUACCGCCGCCGCCUCACUCACAAGGCCACGACGCCGGUGAGUCGAUGAUGGACUUUGAGUACUCACCAGCACCGCCUGUCUUGUUUGACGACUGGGAGAGUCUCACAGGUUCUGUUGUCGAACAGCCCGGCCAACAACAUGACGGAGCUACGGGUGGCUGGGGUAUGGUGCAGUACUUCAAUGACCCUCGCGUCACCUCAUGA